AUGGAUCGCAAAGCUAACCAACACCCCGCCGUCGAACGGAGUCGGCUGGACUAUCCGGAUACAGAAAGUCAUAAAGACAUCCGUAUUCUAACAGUUGGGACCAAACGGCUGGGCUCGACUGAGUGUGAUAAUGAAGGAAUGGGCAUUGAUGCCUCUUCUGAUGAGGCGAAACCACGAGGUGUGAACGACAAUCUCUAUCAAACUGGAUUUAGCGGAUUCUUCGAUUUCCGAGAUGUGCAGCUCCACAAAGUUUUGGUAAGCUGGGCCGAACGGGUAGAGCGUGGCGAUUAG